CAUCGCGCAUCGCGAUUGGUGGAGCGGCCGCGCCGAGGCCCCGCCUCCCUGCGUGAGCCAAUGGGAGCGAGCAGAAGCUCUGCGGCUGCGCAGAGGGAGGCUCCGCCCCCGGAAGUGCCCGGACGCACCGGGCGCCGCCACUGCCGCUUCCCUGCGGCCGCCGCCGGCCGCCAUGGACGGGGCGGGGCCGGACGCUCGCGCUCGGUUCCGAGUGGCGCGGUUCAUCAUGGAGGCCGGGGUCAAGCUGGGUCUCGGCUCCGUCGCUGUGUGCACCGCCUGCUCCGCCUUCCACCGCUGCUGCCGCGCUCUGCGCAUGCGCAGGCGCCACGACCCCCACCUCGUGGCCGCCGCCGCCAUCGCGCUCGCGGCCAAGGCCGAGGGGACCCCGCUGCGGACACGUGACCUGCUCAACGUCACACACAGGUGCCUGCACCCUGGGGUGCCCCCCCUGGCUCUGGAUGCAGAGUUCUGGGCCCUGCGGGACAGUCUCAUGCAGUGUGAGCUGUGGGUGCUGCGGGUGCUGCGGUUCCGACUGCCCCUGGCACAGGAACACAAGUACCUGGCUCAGUUCUCACUGGCUCUAGGGCAGUGGGCGCGGGGGGGCCGGGGGGGGGCUCCGGCCGUGGCCUGGGCCCUGCUGCGGGAUGGGGCCGCGGGGGGGCUGGGGCUCAGGAGCCCCCCCCAGCACGUGGCGGCUGCAGCUCUGCACCUGGCUAUGGAGCUGUGCGGGUGUGGGGCACCCCCCGGAGCACCCCCCAGGUGGUGGCAGGUGCUGAGCCCUGGGCUGGCUCAGGCUGAGCUGGAGGACCUGGAGCUGCAGCUGCUGGAGCUCUAUGGGCUGGACACGGAGGUUGGGGCCGAGGACCCCCCGUGUGACCCACAACUGACCCCGGGGCCGACCCCCAGCCCCGAGCCCAGGCCUGGGCCCUCCCGUGCCCCACACGGCAGGCACAGACCCUGCCGAGCCCCCCCAGACUGACCCCCCCUGACCCA